AUGCCGGGGUUCGCAGACUCGUUUUGGUCCACAGACUAUGCCGCAGGCUUGGGCGUCCUGUUCACCAAACUCCAGCAAGGAGUUCAGGAGAACAAGCAAGUCUUGACGAUCGCUCGAAUGCGAGCCGAAGCCGAAGAGGUCUACGGCCAGCGGCUUGGGGAGAUUGCGCCCGCAGCCGACAAGAUUACUGGUGGCUUCUCGCGUGAUGACGGCGCGAGUGUGCGAAAAGCCUACGAUGGCGUCCGAACCGAGAUGGAGGAUGCUUCAAAAAGCCACAAGAAGAUCGCACAGGGUAUUCGAGACCUGGUUGUGAACCCGUUUGCGCGGUGGUGCGACGCUCACGAAUCUCGCAUCCAAGAUUCCCAAGAUGACUUGCAAACUCGUAUAAAAGCCCACGAUCGCCAAGCCGAGGUAGUCAAGAAGCUACGGAGUAAUUAUUUUAAUAAGUGUCGCCUGGUUGAAGACCUCGAGGAGGAAAAUAAGCUAGCCUUCCAAGACCCGGAAACGAGCCCCAAGCUGAAUCAGAACAUACCCGAGAUCAAGGUAUCGCCUAACGAAAAGGAAGAGGAGGAAGAUGACGAGAUAUACGAGAUCGGCGAUGAGACAUACCAGACGGAACAGGUCAAGAAGAUACUAUCUCAGAUGUUGAACACUAUAAAAAUGGGCGAGACUAAAGUACCUAUCCUGGGAACAUACCUCAACACCUCGUCUGGUUCCGAUAUAGUUGAGUACAUGCAACGGCAUAUGGGUUCGACCAGCAUCAGCUACGCUGAACGGAUUGGACAGGAUUUAGUGUCGAACGGCUUCCUUCGUCUGGUUGGUAAUGUUGGCAAUAACUUUGCGAACAGCUCAAAAUUCUUCUACCAGUGGCGACCGAAGGCAUUCCAGCUAGCAGGUGUUCCGGAGAAGAAAGCGACCGAAUACCUGUCGGGCUGGAAUGUUCUUGGUAACCAACACCCUAACGAGACCCCUCCGGAACGUCUACGUCGCGAGGCUAGGGAGGCCGAUGAUAAGUAUAAGGCUAGUGUUCAGAAGCUAGAUGAAAUGCGCUGUGAGCUAGAGGAGGCUAUCUUCGUGCACUUAAGGUUCCUCGAGCGCUGCGAACUGGACAGGCUAAAAGCCAUCAAGACGGUCAUUCUCGAUUUCUCGGGCACCAUUGGAAAUGUCAUCCCGAGCUUACAGUCUGCGGUGGACCGCAUGGUUCUAUACCAGGAGACGGUUCAACCCAUGGGAGACUUGAGAUAUCUCUUGGAGAAUUACAGGACAGGUCGCUAUGCACCCCGGGUUGUCACGUAUGAAAACUACUAUAACAAGGUUGACGAGCAGACAUUCGGCGUAGAUCUAGAGGCUAGGGCUAGGGCGGAUAAGAAGCGCGUCCCAAUUAUCAUCACAACGCUGCUGACGUAUCUGGACAAUCACUACCCGGAUCUUGAAGGAGACGAAGCAAGGCGAGGGGUCUGGCUUGCGGAAGUUCAGCUCCCGCAAGUUCAUAAAUUGCGUACCAAAGUAAAUAAUGGCAAACCCUUUACUGCCGACGAUCUCGCAGAAUUCGACGUUCCCACCGUUGCGUAUCUGCUAAAACUAUACCUCUUGGAACUCCCAGAUUCACUAGUAUCCUCUCAUGUAUAUGAGAUCAUUAGGACUAUCUACCAAACGCCGACGUCAGAGACUACUGACGACUCACGCGUCGCUGUUCUGCAGCAGACUCUCUCACAGUUACGACUUACGAAUAUCGCUACACUUGACGCAUGUAUGAACCAUUUUACGAGACUAAUAGACCUAACGUCAGCGGACGAGCAAUACGUACAGGAACUUGCGACAUCCCUGGCUCCUUGCAUAUUGCGUCCGAAGACUGAAACCUCGUUAACACUAGAGGAGAAACACACAUAUCGCUUGGUCCGUGAUUUAUUUGCGCACAAAGACGCUAUCUUCAGCGAGCUGAAACGUAUGUCAAGCCUCACACACUCGGGGUCAGUUAACAACAACCGACCCCGAGCUAUCAGCACAGACGAGAGCAAUAGGAGAGCCCACAUGGAAGAGAGGCAACGGGCUCUGCUAGAGAAGGCAGGCCCACGCGGGCGUGCUACUAGUCCAGCUCAGGACCCCCCAUCGACCCCAACAACAGCUAACGAGCGCCAACGGAGCAGCCUUGGCAGCCUCGGUACCGUGAAGAGGUCCAGUCUCGAGGUUCCUGAUGGAACGGGACAACCGCCGGUGGAGGCAAACGGAAGCGCUAACGGAGACUCCCCCAAGACGGAACCCGAACACAUGGUUUCCAAGCGAGAUAGUCUAAACCGAAGCAGCGCUAGGUUCGUCGGCGGCCGCAGAGUCACGACCUCUUCGACGACAGGAACUGGGAGUACACCUUCCACUCCUGUUAGUAAGGCGACGGAUAGCGGAACCCCUCCCCACGACCGCGGUGUGCAACUCGUCGACGCACCGAUGGACGACUAG